AGAACCUGCUGCCAACAGUUGAUAACGGAAGGUCGUGCGGCCAGGAUGCUUAGCUGGCUCCUCUGAAAAGCCGUAUCCUCGCGCCCAGUGAAAAUGAGUUCUAAUCGCAGUGAAAGCGGAAUACGCAAGGACUUUUAAUUGAAUUUUCACACGGACAAGUUAAUUGUGACCCAAGGCUGGAGCAGUGAGAAACAACUAUAUUAAUACCAAUUUCGGUGGACUCUUUUUUUUGCGUGAGUGAACCGGAAGAGGGUUUCGCGUUUCCAGGACUUACAGCACCUUCGGGCAUACUGACAUUUAUUACAAUUAGAGUUUUACUGCCACAAAUGUGUCCCCUUUCUCUUCUCACCUUUUCGGGUUUUAUUUUUUCAUGACUUGAUGAGGAUUUUAUUGGAUUGUGGUUGGGCUUAACGAUGAUCACGCGAAGAGUAGUUAAAAUUCUCUUACAACGGUAGGACCCUAAAUACGAUACUAAAAACUGUGAUUUACGUGCAACAAAUUAUGCGUGCAUUAUUUGAGAUAUUUCUGAAAAUUAAUAGAGCUAUAAAGUCCCUUAAAAGGAACCGAAAAUUAUAUUUGCUUUGUUGGCGAGUGACAUUUAAAUAUCACAUUAAACUUUGGAUUGCUCCUGAUAAUUGUAUGAAUGAAGUAAUUUAUUUCAUAUUUUAAAUCCGAUUACAAACACCCGGGGACUUUGUUAGCACCCAUCUAUUUUAAGAUCGUGACCUGUUCAAUAAUUGGUAGCAAUCGCAGUUAUCUUUUACGAGCCACGUGUCCAAAGGACCAGGACACCUGGACAAUGUUUUUUGUUUAGAUUGCAAUGAAGCCCAGAAGCCCCUGAAGAUGUAUUGCACUACAUAGAGUAGCAGCAUUCGAACUAAAGUAAAAAGUUUGAAGGAUAUCAUAUCCUCAUUAGGAUACACAACUAAAACCAAAAAGAAAAAAGUGUUAUGGCAAUGGACUUAAUCGAGCAGGAAUCCCGCCUGGAAUUCUUGCCCGGAGCCGAAGAGGAAGCGGAAUUUGAGCGUCUGUACGCGGCUCCCGCUGAGAUUGUGGCUCUGUUGUCCAUUUUCUAUGGGGGAAUCAGUAUCGUGGCAGUCAUUGGCAACACUUUGGUCAUCUGGGUGGUGGCCACGACCAGGCAAAUGCGGACCGUGACAAAUAUGUAUAUCGCUAAUUUGGCUUUUGCCGAUGUGAUUAUUGGCCUCUUCUGCAUACCAUUUCAGUUCCAGGCUGCCCUGCUGCAGAGUUGGAACCUGCCGUGGUUCAUGUGCAGCUUCUGCCCCUUCGUCCAGGCCCUGAGUGUGAAUGUCUCGGUAUUCACGCUGACCGCCAUUGCGAUCGAUCGGCAUAGGGCCAUCAUUAAUCCACUUAGGGCACGUCCCACCAAGUUCGUAUCGAAGUUCAUAAUUGGUGGAAUUUGGAUGCUGGCCCUUCUGUUUGCGGUGCCCUUUGCCAUUGCCUUUCGGGUGGAGGAGUUGACCGAAAGGUUUCGUGAGAACAAUGAGACCUACAAUGUGACGCGCCCAUUCUGCAUGAACAAGAACCUAUCGGAUGAUCAAUUGCAAUCCUUUCGCUACACCCUGGUUUUCGUGCAGUAUCUGGUUCCAUUCUGUGUCAUCAGCUUUGUCUACAUCCAGAUGGCGGUACGAUUGUGGGGUACACGUGCCCCUGGAAACGCACAGGAUUCACGGGACAUAACGCUGUUGAAAAACAAGAAGAAGGUGAGCUUCGCACGUCGGUGUGGUAUGCAAAUCGGGACGGGGUUCAAUUUCCUCUUUUUGCGACGCUUGCAGGUCAUCAAAAUGCUGAUUAUCGUGGUCAUUAUCUUUGGACUCUGCUGGCUGCCACUGCAGCUCUAUAAUAUUCUGUAUGUCACGAUACCGGAAAUCAACGACUACCACUUCAUUAGCAUCGUCUGGUUUUGCUGCGAUUGGCUGGCCAUGAGCAAUAGCUGCUACAAUCCCUUUAUUUAUGGCAUCUACAACGAAAAAUUUAAGCGGGAAUUCAACAAGCGAUUUGCGGCCUGUUUCUGCAAGUUCAAGACGAGCAUGGACGCCCACGAGAGGACCUUUUCGAUGCACACCCGCGCCAGCUCCAUAAGGUCGACCUACGCCAACUCCUCGAUGCGAAUCCGGAGUAAUCUCUUUGGCCCGGCGCGCGGUGGUGUCAACAAUGGGAAGUCGGGCUUGCAUAUGCCGCGGGUGCAUGGGUCCGGUGCUAACAGCGGCAUUUACAACGGAAGUAGUGGGCAGAACAACAAUGUCAAUGGCCACCAUCAUCAGCAUCAAAGCGUGGUUACCUUUGCUGCCACUCCGGGUGUUUCGGCACCAGGUGUUGGCGUUGCAAUGCCGCCGUGGCGCCGGAACAACUUCAAACCUCUGCAUCCGAACGUAAUCGAAUGCGAGGACGACAUGGCACUCAUGGAGCUGCCAUCGACCACGCCGCCCAGCGAGGAGUUGGCAUCCGGCGCCGGAGUCCAGUUGGCCCUGCUCAGCAGGGAGAGCUCCAGCUGCAUUUGCGAGCAGGAAUUUGGCAGCCAAACCGAGUGCGAUGGCACCUGCAUACUCAGCGAGGUGUCGCGAGUCCACCUGCCCGGCUCGCAGGCGAAGGAGAAGGAUGCGGGCAAGUCCUUGUGGCAACCACUUUAAUUUAAACUAGAGCGAACUAAGUUAUAGCCGUGUUCCAAUGACACAUUCCGCAGCCAGUCGGCAUUCACAUAUGAUGUGUAUUCCAGUAAAUAAGCUGUCAUGGCUCAUUCAUUUAGCGUAUGUGUGUAAAUGUUUUAGUGAAUGACUAUUAUUAAUGUACAGCUACUACACUAACAUGUUCAAAUUGUAUUGUAAUUGUAUUUAAGGCUUUAGUAAAACCCCUUUACAGUGUUUAGAUACCCGCAACUAAAUGUGUCAUUGGAACACGACCAUUUGCCUCUGUGAUUUCGUCUUAAUGAAUUGUGAUUACAAGUCCCAUUGCUGAUAAUUGUUGCGCAGCAGGGUAUAUUGAAUGAGUGUGAAUGCUGGUCGUGAGCCGUGUACAGUAUUAUAAUAAUGGUAUCUUCAAAUUGCGAUCCUUAAAGCACGAAGUCCAAACGUUGUAAAUAAUCGAUUCUUUAAAGACCUUAUCCAACUCAAACCAAAACUCACCAAAUCAAAUGUAUUAAUAGCUGAGCAAAAAAAAAAUGAAUCAACUUAAAUUAGCACCUGAAAUCAAUUAAGUAGCAUUAAAUUAAAUUAUUUAAAUAGUAUUUUAACAACAAUCCGAUUAUGUAUUAAAUCCUACACAAGCACACAGCUGGAUGUAAGCAAAUGUAAUGUACAAUAUUUGUCAUUAAAAAACAGAAAGGCUAAUUAAUGUAAUUAUUAUUGUAUUAAAUUACCAAACGAAUAAACAUUUCGAGUCAUUAAGCAAACAAACUAAA